AUGUCACCGUUGACCCGUCCCAGCGUCUGCCGCCAGACCUUGGAGGCUGCCUGCAAGAGGUUAGGACGCGUCGUUCCUCGCCAGCAAAAAAGAAAGGGACUCACCGAAUUGAGAUACACCCCCGUAAACAUCGUCCCGAUAAACACCUGCUCGACCCUGCUCAGGUACACCCGCACUUCCGUCUGGUCGCGCGCCGUGUUGAUCGGACGUCGGCGGGCGUCGCGGCGUGUCGGCGGAUGGAGGCCGGAGCCGCCUGUGCCGCGUCGUCGCUCGCAUCCUUGUCGCUCGAAUGGUGCAGCUCGUAGUCGCUCAGCACGCCCGACAGGAGAAGAUUCGGCGACGGUCCCUCGGUGGGCCGGCCAGUCCGCGUUGCUGUGGUGGUGGUGGUGGACAUGGCGACGUUGGACGUCGUUGACGCGAUUUUUGGUUGGUUGCGUUGGGUGCUGUAGUCGUCAAGAUGUCGACGGCAAUGUCGACGGCGAUGUUGAAUUCACACCUAACGUCUCGCGUACCAAUGCCACCACCGCACCAAUGUACCAUGUCCCGUCUUCAAAAUCCAGCCAGCUGCCGUUCACAUUAUCCGUGGCGGGCCGUCAGCUGUCUGCAGUGUGGGCGUGGAGCCGUGGAGAGACAAAUCAGAAAUGUCGGGAUGUGGAGGGCGAGCGAUGGGAUCGGCAGUGGGUAUCGACAAAUGAUCCAGGGUCUGAGCAUAACGCGGGGAAGCUCUGGAGCUGUGGAGAGUGGAGAAUCAGGCACAAGUGGCAAAAGACAUGCUAA